GGCAAUGUAUGUGGGGAAAACAUUGUGAAGCUAAGUCCGAGUAGUCACUUAACCGGAGAUCGGAGACUCAUCGUUGCAACAACAACAAAUUUCAGAAGAUCCGAAGACGAAACGAUGCCUAUAAGUGCGACAAUGGUCGGAGCUUUGCUGGGUCUCGGUACCCAGAUGUACUCCAACGCCCUCCGCAAGCUCCCUUAUAUGCGUCAUCCGUGGGAGCAUGUGGUGGGUAUGGGACUUGGUGCUGUGUUUGCGAACCAGCUCGUGAAAUGGGAUGUGAAGCUUAAGGAAGAUCUUGAUGUGAUGCUCGCUAAGGCUAGAGCUGCUAAUGAGCGCCGUUACUUUGAUGAAGAUCGGGAUUAAUUUUGCGUGAUCUUUGAAGUCUUCAGAAAAGAAAUAUCUUCCCCUGAACUCAUCUCAAGUGCUUGUUUUGUCUGAUCUUUCCUGUAUAAGCGUUUCUUCUCCUUCUCUUUGACUUCAGCUCUGGAGUUCUUUUCAUUCACUGUUUUCGAAUAUGAACCUAAAGAUUUGUGUUUUCACAAUCUGAAUCUGUUUGUAUCUGGUUAAUAAUGGCGAAAUGAUAAACCUUGCAAUCUACCUUCUGUUAUGAGAAUAGAGUUUCAGAAUCAGAAUCAGAAUCAUUCUGUUUAAAAUUUGGUUUAAGUUGUAUUACAAGUACAUGCAAAAGACAAUAAGUGUUUUUGUAGCAGAUGGAUCAAGUUCGAAACAAUCUUUGUACUGAAAGAAACCAUGUCAUCUAUACAAAGCAGAAACAGAAUUUCAGAAGAAAAAAUUUAAAGUUGGCAGUUUUCAUGUCUCCAAAGACAUUUGCAGGUGUCAGUUUUUUUACAGCUUCUUAUAACCGGCCGUUCUGUUGUUGUAGACAUGGAGAAGACUAUCACAAGCUUGCCUAGAAGAUGGUCUCUCUUGGGGAGAAGUUUUUGUGCACUGAAGUGCA